AUGAAGUUUGGUAAAUAUUUGGAGUCCCGUCAAUUGGAGCUGCCCGACUACAAUGGACAUUUCAUCGAUUAUAAAUCGUUGAAGAAGUUGAUUAAACAAUUAGUGGUCUCGCCAUCCAUUUUGGCAGGAUCCUCCUUAGCAGAAGAUACUACGCAUUUCGAUCUAGACAGCAUCGAUGAGACGAUAAUUUACCAAAGAUUGCAGGAAAAUAAAUCCACUUUCUUCUUUAGGUUGGAUAGGGAAUUGGAAAAGAUUAAUUCGUUUUAUAUGGAAAAGGAAUUGGAUUUGACUGUCAAAUUUAAUAUCUUGAAUUCUAAAUUUCAAGAUUAUUGUCAAGUGGGGCAACAAAUAGUCUCUAAAAAAAAUUCAAACUCUUUCAGAAAUAUUUAUGAUGCAUUUUUGAAAUUACAAACAGAUUUGAAUGAGUUGGAACAAUAUAUUGAAUUAAACAGAACUGGGUUCUCCAAGGCUUUGAAAAAAUGGGAUAAGAGAUCACAUUCCCAUGAAAAGGAAUUUUAUUUGGCUACUGUAGUAACGGUACAACCAAUAUUUACCAGAAAUAAAGUGGCCCAAUUGAAUGAUGCAACAUUAACCAUCUUGAUGGAAUUGAAUGACAUGCAAAAUAAUUCACCACCAAGUAGAGUAAAUAAUGAUAAUGAUUCAAAUAAAAUCAAUAAUAUAAGAAAUGCGUCCACUGAUGAUACAGAUAAAAUAGUGAUGGAUAGACUGAGAACUCCAAAUCAACAAACUACCGAUACUCUAUUGGAGGAUACAGAGGAAAAAAUUGAUCAUUGGUACAUUGAAGUGAUAAAUACAUCCAACUUGAGAGACGAAACCAGAAGAAGGGACCUUCUCUCCACUUUUAUUGAACUACAUAUUAAGAAGGAACUGGAAAAUGUAUCAAACACAAUAGAUGUAGAUACAAUACUGAAGGGUUGGAUAACCAGGUUAUUCUUUCUAUUAAUGAGUAGUAACAUGACUGAUGAAUCUUUGUUUGAAUUCUAUAAAAGUGCUAAACAAUAUAUCAAUUUGUCAUAUUGUGAUGAAGCCGACCAAGUAUAUUCAAGGAAAAAUAUAUUGCAUGAAGCCUGUAAUUGUCCUCGUCAAUCUCGUAUAUUUAUAUUACAAGAUGCAAUCCAACAAUUCGAAGAAGGAAAGUUUUCUCUAGAAAGUUUGAAGGCUUUGUUAAAUGCAAAAGACAUUCAUCUCCGUAUUCCACUUCAUUAUGCCUGUGAAGGUGGUAAACUGGAUUUUGUUCAAUUAUUGUUACAAACUAAAUUAAUGAACUCAGUAAAUACCCCUGAUAAUGUUAUGCAAACACCUUUACUGCUGGCCCUUAUUAACAAUCAUCUAGAAAUAAUGAAACUAUUAUUACAAGAGGAACAAUUGACUUUAGAAUCUUUACCGUCGUCCUCUUCAUCCUCUUCAUCCUCCUCAUCCUUGAAAUAUUUGUCUCCAUUAAAUGUUGCAUGUCAAUACAAUAACUUCGAAGCGGCAGAAUUACUCCUUGCGGCAGACAUCAACCUAUUAAACGUAUCAGAUACUAAAGGUUUAACUCCCUUACAUAUUGUUGCCAAGAAUGGUACUAAUGAAACGAAUUCAAGAAAAUUGGUACAAUUAUUAAUACAAAAGGGUGCUAAUCCCAAUGCCCUGGAUACAUUUAAUAAAUGGACACCAAUAUUUUAUGCCAUUCAAAGGGGUCAAAGGGAAAUAGUUGACGAAUUAUUGAAAAAUGGAGCAGAUUUAGCAAUAAAAGAUGAUGAAAACAGAAGUCCGUUACAUCUUACCAUAUGGGAGAGUAAUAUUCAAGUACUUAAUACAUUAUUACCAUACUUAAAGAAACAAAGUGUACCACGCAUAGACACAGUAGCCUCGCUGAGCAAACCACCAGUACAGCAGCAGCAACAACAGAUCGAUAGCAGUAUCCCUGAUAUUGAUAACUUGAGCGAUCUUGAUGAAGAGGAUAUGGAUGAUGGAUACAAAGAUGUUUCUGAAUUUACACUCCCGCCACCAAUUAUACCGUUGAGGAAAUAUGGUCAUAAUUUCUUAGAAAAGAAGAUUUUAGUGAAGAUAUCAUUACCAAUGGGUAAUGAUUGUAUCCAAUUGAACAAAGAUAAAAAUCUGAUAUUAGCAACGCCGGGAAGAGUCACAAUCACACCCAAUAUUUCUGACAUGCUACCGAGAAAUAUUAUUUUACCCAUUGGGAAAGAUAUUGAAGAAGGUAGUGAAGAAAUUAACAUUACAGGAGAAACAGGUCAAAUCAUUUUCCAGGUGGAUUCCUUAAAGGAUUUUGCUAUUGAUUUUGAAAUAUUCCCAAUUUUUGGUUCCAAAUUAAUUGCCAAGAGUGCAGCAAUGUCACAACUUUUCAAUAAUGUUAAUUUGCUCAACAGUAUAAGAACUUUGACAUUACCACUUUUUGAUACGAGAUUGAACACUAUUGGUUCAUUUUUAUUCCAGUUUCAAAUUAUUUUCCCAUAUCCUGGAAAACCUUUACAAAUUACGAAAUAUGAACCUUAUUGGAAAUCCACCAACACAGGUAGUUCAAACAAUGCUGAUUCAAUAAAGAAUGAUCAGCAUCAAUUAAUUACAUCAUCUUCAUUGGGAGGUACUUUUGUUAACAUUAAGAUAUAUGGUUUAAACGAUGGAACUAUUAUUUGUGCGUCAGAUCUCUAUUUGAAAGGCAAAAUGAAUAUGUUUUUGAAUGAUUUGACCAGAGAUCAAUUAGAAACAAUGUGUGGAUACGAUAUAACUGAUGUGCCGUCUGUAGUAGAAGAUGAACAAGACUUGCAAAGUUUACUCAUCUCGAGAAUAUUCCAAUUUGAUUCAUUAUUGUCUCGACUUCCGAAAUGGAUGCAGUUAGUCUUUGAAGUUUGUUAUCCAACGCAAAAUGAAAGAGAAAAUAUACCAGUAAAGAUGUCAAGGUAUAUGGACAUGAAUAAGUACAUUGAUGGUAUUCUACAUAUUAUCUUCGAACAUGAAAGAGAACUUCGACAUUCAGGUGGUAAUAUACGAUCCAUUGUUUUCCAAUCUGUUAAUUCGAAUAUUUGUUCUAUCUUAAAUUGGAAACAACCUAAUUUUCCCGUGUUUUUGUCAUUGAAUUCUAUACUGGUUCCUGUUCUACCUGAGACUAAUUUUAGAAGUAAUACUCCCAAUAGGUUAUUAAAGAUGGAAGUGAACAAAGAUAAAUGUGAGUCCUGGGAUAAGAUAGGAAUACACUCCAUGGUGGAUUUCUCUGUAAGUAAUAACCUAUUGGGGAUUAUUAUACCUGCAGGAAUAUUGGAAUUAUGUCCGUCAAUAGUCAGUAGUAUUAAGAAGCGGGGGUUAUUGUUGGUAGGCUCCUAUGAGGAUAAGACAGUAAACAUGAGCAUCCUAAACGAAAUGCCGUUGAUGAAUGGACUCCAAGGAAAUUCCGAGUUAAUAUUCAAAGAAGAUAUAAAUAUGUAUUAG